AUGGGCUUCCGCAACAGAGAGCCCAGAGUGGGCGGGCUCUUCUUCCGGAUCCUUCUCAUGGCCAACUUCAUCGCGAUGAUGGCGUACGGCGCAAUCACGCCAUCCCAGAUGACCAAGGUCACAGCAGAGGUCGUGACUAUCGCGAUAACUGCCGUCGGCAUGGUCGUCCAGGUCUACGUGGCCGUAGCCCGCUUCAUCUCCCUGCCGUACUCGAUCUGGGCCGUCAUCGCGCUCGACAGUGUCUGCGCCGCCGGCUGGGUGGCCGCCAUCGCCGUGCUGGCGUGCUGGGACCGCGACGUGGUCUACUUCCCGCGCGACGGCGACCCGGACGCGUGGUUCCAGUGCGCCAGCACGCACAGCUACGACCAGGUCCUGACGAGCGACGGGUACGGGUCCUGGAUCAAGAUCCUGUGGUGCGAGGUGGACGUCGACGGGCGGCACCGGCUGAUUGGGAACAAGGCGGCGCGGCAGCAGCUGCAUGUGCUCAUCGGCCUGGCCACCGUGGCGCUGGUCUUCACCGGCUUCCUGAUCUUCUACACGGUCGCAAGGGGGCGAUCUCUCAACUUGAUCCGGACUCAUAGACGGGCCCACGCACCGUACUGA